AUGAUUUUUAAAGAAAACGAUGCUGAAUGGUUUGCUUUGAAUCUUCGACAAUAUUUGGAAAAGCCAUGUCCGUACUUUGAAUGGGAGAAUGACGAUGGAUUUGAAGACUACAACUUUUUAAUUUUUUCCUCCUCUUGUCUUACCGCGCUGCAAGAAAUAGUUUUGCAGUUGAUUAUAGGUGACAGAUUUCACCAAAGUAUUAAUCAAUUUAGAAGUAUGGUAAUUUUGACAAAUAUAGAUGACAGAUCAACAGCUUUUAUAAUCCAUGUUAUUUCUCCAUAUAAAAAUAUUGUUCAUUACGAUAUAAAUUCUGAAAACUAUAACUUGAUUUAUUCCAAAAACUCAGUUCCACUCUAUUGCGCUCCUCUCUCAAAGGACUAUUUUGAUUUCGUUGUAGAAAACUUUAACGUUAGAUGUCUUACUUAUAUACAAAUUCUUAGAAACAAUGACAAAGAUAAGGUAAUAGAUUUCAUCAAAGCGAUAAAUAAGUAUUCUGACUUAUGUUUGGUUGAGUACAGCAUUAACUCAGGGAAUACAUCUCUAAUGUUAUCUGUCGCAGAAGAGAUAGCUUUUCAUGGUAAAAUUACUCAUUUGUUUAUAUUAGUAAAUGGAAUUCUUUUCUCUGAAGACAAUGAUUCAACUUUGGAUAUGAUUUUAGAAUCAUUUAAUCGCGACAUAUGGGACACGCGAGGCACUCUUAGAGACACACGUAUAAAAAAUCAGUAUCGUUUUACGCAUUUAAUGAGUAUUGAUGUUCGCCAUAAAAUACACGUAUCAACAAAUUUAGAAAUAUUUUUAGAAGAAAAUAAAAUAAAAGAAUACGGAAGAAAGAGUGACGGUAAUAAUUGUCCGAUUAUAAAUUGUCCGGCUGGUUUUGAACAAAAACUAAAAACUGGUUUGAUCAGCAAGGUGAUAAAAAAACAUCAUAAAUAUUGUGCCAUUUGCCCGGAAAAUUAUUAUAAAGAAACAUUUAGUCCAGAUGAAUGUCAAAUUUGUUCAGAUGGAUAUCGUUCUGACAAUAACAAAACCUUUUGCUACAAUCAAUUUACAGAAGAACUUUUAACAAAAUAUUUUGUUGACGAGUUUUUAACUCGUUUACUUACGACUUUAACUAUCUUUAUAUGUGUUUUAUUGAACGCAACUUUUGUACAUAAAAGGAAAACAAUUGUUGUAAAAACUACUCAUUUUACUCUAUCUAUUAUUCAAAUUUUUUUUCAUUUAUUAGUUUCAGUUUGGAUACCGUUGUUGUAUUAUAAUGGAUUGACGUAUGUAUCAUGCGCAUGCCGUCAUAUAGUUGUUGGUUUUUUAUUCACAACAAUUUCGUCCAUUAUUUUUGUAAGAACAAAGAAAUAUGUCAAAAUUUUUAAAAAAAUUUAUCGCGUUUCAACUCAAGAGAAAUUAGUUGCAACAUCAUUAGAUAUUGGCACAAUUGCAAUAAUGCUGCUUAUUCAAAUUAUAUUGGGAAUCAUUUUCUUGAUUAAAUCGCCACCUUCUAUUUUGUUAAGUUUAAAUUAUGAAAAGAUGACUAGUACUUUCUAUUGUUCAAAUGAUAAUCACCUUGGUGUUCAAGUUCUAUAUAUCACUUUUGCUUUUUUUCUAAGCUCACUUAAAAGUUUUCAAGCCAGAAAUCUUCCAUCCUACUAUAAUGAAACAUCUACAAUUACUUAUAGUAUGGGAUUAUCGUGUAUUUUGUUGCUCUGCUAUUUCCCAAUCUACUAUGGCAACAACAAUAAAAAAAUGCAAACUAUGGCAAUUUCGAAUUUACUUUUAAUAGUUAAUUUGUUAAUUGCGGGCUUGAUGUUUAUGCCUAAACUAUUUAUCAUAUAUUGCAGACCAGAACAAAACACUAAGCAAAGCCUUCGAACUGAAAUAAACGAGUAUUCAAAAUCAACUUUUGUUGUUCCAAAGUUAUAA